CAGAAGAGCCACAGGGCGGAACAAUGGCUCAUCCCAAGCUCCUACUCCUUCUGUUGGUCCUAUUUGCAGCCAGGACGGGCCUAAACCUCAAGUUGUACAAAGCCGAGUCCAUCUUCAGCUGCAUCAACGCCGCCCUGUCAGAGGCCAAGAAGGGGUUCCCCGAGGAGAACUCCCUCCUGGAGAAGAGGAGCUUCAAGUUCUCACCGGACAAGGAUGCCUCCUCUGAGGACGAUGAAGAGGAGGCCAAGGAAGAGGAAGACAAAGAGAAAAGGACGUUCCCGGCCAUCACCCGCUACAAAUACCUGGCCCAGACACAGGGGAAGGGCAAAGUCUACCAAGGGCAGGCCAAGAGCGACCGGCGCACCAAGUUUACCCUCUCCCUCGACGUCCCGACCAAUAUCAUGAACAUCCUCUUUGACAUCGCCAAGGCCAAGAACCUGAGGGCGAAGGCAGCCGCCAAUGCCCACCUGAUGGCUCAGAUCGGCCGGCGGAAGUGA